AUGCAACACCUUCAGAACUCUGUGGUUGGUAGAGCGAAGUCUGCAAUUGAAGGGUAUGGUUACAGUGGGGAUUCUUACUAUGAAACAUUGAAAGAAUUGGAAGCUAGAUUUGGAAAACCCUCACUUGUUGUAAAAGUUACACUCGACAGAUUGAGAAAGACAUCACGAAUACAAAAUGACAGACCGCCUGUAGUGAGGAACUUAUCAGAUGUUGUGUCAACUACUGUCUGGAUCUUUAAAAGGUUUGGAUACAUAAAUGACCUAGCAGCUGAAGCUAAUAUCUCUAUUGCAGUGGAUAAACUAUCCCCAGAUCUCCAAGUGAAGUUGAAGGACCUUGUGAGAACAAGCAAUUUACAUCAACCAAACCUGGAAGACUUUUGUAGGUGGCUGGAGGGCCAGGCGGAUAUUUAUGAUGACUGCUUCAAGUUCCCAUUCAGAGGCCACUAUGGAGGUGCUGGUGAAAAGCACAAUACCUUCUUUGGUAACCUACCAUCACAUAACAAGCAAGCAAAACCUUGUUUAGUGGGAGAUGGAUAG